GAAUCUACGUAUUGGGGGUGGGAGGGUGGGCGGGUGAACAGAAUUAAAUACUAGACACACUCAGCAGUUUUUGAGGACCACUUAGAAACAACAUCCCACUGCAGGAGUGCUGUCCAAAGGGUCUUGUGGAGCAACAUCUGGAAUUUGGGUUAGAAGUGAACAUUAAGGAUUACCAGCAGAAGCACUUCAGAUAGAAAUGAUAUGGAUGCUGUAACGAAGAAAAACAAAAGAGAUGGAACAGAAGUCACAGAGAGGCUUAUUACAGAAACAGUUACCACCAGACUGACAUCUCUUCCUCCAAAAGGAGGUGGGAGCAGUGGGCUCAAAACAACGGGUUACAGCGGAGGGAAUGGAGUGGAAAAGAGGACAUACAGUCAGGCUGGCAGCUAUGCCUCAGCCAGUGGAAGUACUAGAAUGAAUACCUCCUCUUCCUCCUACAAGCAAGCUACUGCUCCUUCCUCUACACUUCCCAAAUCACCUGGCUCAACCUUUGAACGAAAAACCUAUGCCACCCGCCAUGCGACAUAUGAAGGGAGCUCCAGUGCAAAUUCCUCUCCAGAGUUUCCCAGAAAAGACCUUGGUUCCUCUGCUACAAGGGGCCGAAGCCAAACUCGUGAGAGUGAAAUCCGAGUGAGGCUGCAAAGUGCUUCUCCAUCAACCAGGUGGACAGAACUGGAUGAUGUCAAGCGACUGCUUCGGGGAAGUCGAUCAGCUAGUGCCAGCCCAACCCGCUCCCCAUCAGGCACACUUCCUAUACCUAAGAAAGCUGUUGUGGAAACCAAGAUGGUUACAGAGAGCACACAAUCUGUGUCAGGGACAUACGACACCACCAUCUUGAAUGCUGCCCUGCCAUCGUACAUGUGGUCCUCCACCCUGCCUGCAGGGUCAUCUCUUGGCGGCUACCACAACAACAUGGCCCAAAGCUCUUCUCUGAUCAACACUGCAGCCCAUUCGACUGGAUCAGUGUUUGGGGUCCCAAACAACUUGGCUCCCAGCUGCCCCACUCUCAACACUGGUCUCAGCACAUCUUCCACAGUAUAUGGUGUUCAGAACAACCUGGUCCCAAAUACAGUUAAUGCUGCCAACAGUGCAACCACAGCUUCCACAUUAACAAGUGGAUAUGGAGUAAAGAAAAAUACUGUGCAGCAGAGCUCAGGAGUGACUAGUACUGGAGUGUCCACCUCAUCUACAAAUGCUGCCACCACAGUAGGCUCUCAGAAUGAUGACAUCCUGCGGAAAGACUGCAAGUUCGUGAUCCUAGAGAAAGAGAAUGUAACUCCCAAGAAAGAGAUGGAGCUGUUGGUCAUGACUAAAGAUAGUGGAAAAGUUUUUAAUGCGACCGGCACUGGGUUCAGUGGAGGUUAUUAUUCUGAAGACACUCUGAAGAAAGACAAGCAGGGCAUGUCCUCCUCUUACGGUGGAGAUUCCUACCUGAAAUCAGAAACAAAUGGAGGAUUAAAAUCUGUUUCAACAAAGGACAAAGCCACCUAUGCAGAAAUCCAGCGUGAUAAUGGCUGCGGAGGGGCAGGUGCCGCUCCUGCCUGGUGUCCUUGUGCCUCCUGUUGCAGUUGGUGGAAAUGGCUCCUCGGUUUGCUCCUGGCCUGGCUGUUUCUGCUUGGCCUGCUCUUUGGGCUUAUUGCUCUAGCGGAGGAAGUGAGGAAGCUGAGAUCCCGUGUGGAGAGUCUAGAGUCCCGCGCCAGUUAUUGGCAAGUUCCUGCUGAUGGUGACCAACAGCUGAUUGCCAAGAAAGAAGCACAGUAUGCCAGACUUGGAGCAAGAUUGAGUGACAUGAAUGAAUAUCAGCUAUGGUCAUUGAUGAAAAGUCGACUAGAUGCAGAGAUAAAUCAAGGUUAUUUCCGAGGAGAAAAAGGUGAUAUGGGACUUCAAGGACCAAAAGGAGACAGAGGGCUCCCUGGUUCACCAGGUGCACCUGGCAUGAUAGGUCAUGCUGGGCCUGAAGGACCAAAAGGGCAGAAAGGUAGCAUGGGUGAAACUGGCAUGGAGGGUCCCAUGGGACAAAGGGGCCGAGAAGGACCUCCAGGACCUCGUGGGGAGCCAGGUCCACCUGGAUUUGGAGAAAAAGGCGACAAAGGUCUGGUUGGAGAUUCAGGACCUCAGGGUCCACCUGGUGUCCCAGGCUCUAUUGGGCCUAAAGGUAUGACAGGUUCACCAGGGCCCCAUGGUCCUCCUGGUCCUCCUGGACUUCAAGGAUUUAGAGGCGAAGCAGGUCUCCCAGGUGUUAAAGGUGAAAAGGGAGCCGUGGGAACACCCGGACCAAAAGGUGAUCAAGGAGAAAAAGGUCCCCGUGGUCUUACAGGUGAACCAGGUUCCAGAGGGCUACCCGGACCUACAGGUGAACCAGGAGCUAAAGGAUCAGCAGGUCCUCCUGGACCAGAUGGACACCAAGGCCCCAGAGGAGAGCAAGGCCUUAUGGGAGCACCAGGCCCACGAGGUCCACCUGGUCCUUCUGGAGAUGCAGGGCAGCCAGGUCUCACAGGACCUCAAGGACCCCCAGGACUCACAGGUAGUCCAGGCCGACCAGGACCUAAAGGUGAACCUGGAUCACCAGGCAGAGUUACUUCUUCAGAUGGUGGAUCCACAAUUGCUCUUCCUGGACCUCCAGGCCCACCAGGGGCUGUUGGACCACCAGGCCCACCAGGUGUUCCAGGUCCUAUUGGCCCUGCUGGUCUUCCUGGAGCUCAAGGUCCUCGUGGUGAGAGGGGCAUACCAGGUGAAUCAAUUACAGUUGAAACUAGUAGAAUGGUAGAGGCUGCUCCUCUUGGAGCAAGUGUGCAAGGAUCACCAGGACCUCCUGGACCUCCAGGUCCACCAGGACUACCAGGUGUAUCCGUCGAAGGCCCUCGAGGACCCCGUGGCCCACCAGGAGAAGGUCUUCCAGGUCCUCCAGGCCCACCAGGAAGACCAGGAUCCUUUGUGCCCACAUCAGAAACUUUCUUUGCUGGCCCACCAGGUCCACCUGGUCCUCCAGGUCCAAGGGGAGAACAAGGCACACCUGGCCCACGAGGAUUCACAGGAGAAGCAGGCCAACCAGGACUUCCAGGACUUUCUGCAGGUGCUGGAGUUGCCAUUCAAGGACCACCAGGGCCACCAGGACCCAAAGGAGACAAAGGUGAUGCAGGUGUACCAGGAGCCCCUGGCAUUCCUGGAGGAGCUGGAUCAAGAACUUCCCAGGGUCCACCCGGUCCACCAGGCCCACCUGGACCACCAGGCCCAGGAAUGAGCUCCAUGCGAGAGAUUCAGCAAUACGUCUCCCAGUAUCUACAGAGUGACUCUGGACGUUAUCUCAUUGGACCUCAAGGUCCACCUGGUCCUCCAGGACCUCCAGGAAUCUCCAUUGGAGGCUCAUCUUUGGAUUAUGAUGAAUUGGCCCGCCGUGUUAUGAACUACAUGUCUACUUCAGGUUCCUCAUUUGGCAUGUCAUCCUCUUCUAUCUCUUCCUCCUCGACCACACUUUCUUAUGAAGAUCUUCUUGCCUUGCUGCAGAGAGAGGAAAUCCGGCCAUAUCUCAUUGGACCGCAAGGUCCCCCAGGUCCACCUGGCCCACCUGGAUUGGGAGGAGAUGGCUCAUUCACAUCAUUGGACUAUGAUGAAAUGACAAGACGGGUUAUCAACUAUAUGACAAGUUCUGGUAUUAGUAUUGGCCUUCCUGGCCCACCAGGUCCUCCUGGUUUGCCUGGAACAUCUUAUGGAGACAUCCUAGCUCUGCUCCGAGACUCUGAAUUUAGUGGCAUUGUGGGGCCACCUGGUCCCCCAGGCCCACCCGGGAUACCAGGCAGCGCUCUCUCCGGUCUCACCAGAGAGGACAUCUUGACAUACCUACAAAGUGUGGGAUAUUCCUCACUUUCUGGACCCCCUGGACCACCCGGGCCUCCAGGGCCACCUGGCCUUUCAGGAUCUGGCUAUGUUUCUCAAGGUGAUGGUAUCUGGACUGACGAGUUCAGGAGUGAUUUGAUCCAAUACCUUACUAGUGAGGAUGUACGUGGCUUCAUCAGAGGACCUCCUGGACCUCCAGGGCCACCUGGGAACUUUAUGGCAGAAACUUACAGAGGGUCUGCAAAUUCAGACGGAUCAUAUAGCAGGUCUGCAAGUUCUGGCAUGUCUUAUGAUGCAUCCUUAUCCAGAAGGGAAUCCUACAGCAGCUCAUUGGGAAGCAAUGGAGAACUUGAUGGAUCUCUUGGAGCAGGUGGAAGUUAUGGAGGCUCACUUGGAGCAGGUGGAAGUUAUGGUGGCUCUCUCGGAGAAGGUGGAUCUUAUGGUGGCUCACUCGGAGCAGGUGGAAGUUAUGGUGGCUCACUCGGAGAAGGUGGUUCUUAUGGUGGCUCAACCGGAGCAGGUGGAUCACAGAUAAGAUCAGCAGGUGCAGGAGGCUCCUAUACUGGAUCAUUUGCCGGAUCACUGGAUUAUAAUGAGUUGGCAACCAGAGUGUCUGAAAAUAUGCAGAGCCGAGGUCUCCUCCAGGACAUGAUGACUUAUGCCAUGCAAGGGCCACCUGGGCCUCCAGGACCACCUGGCAUCCCAGGCAUCAGCAGGGUGUUUGCAUCCUAUGGCAACAUCACUGCAGAUCUCAUGGAUUUCUUCAGAACUUAUGGAACAAUUCCUGGGCCACCUGGACCGAAAGGAGAGAUGGGAUUCCCAGGACCAAAAGGUGAUAUUGGACCAAUGGGCCCACCAGGUCGCCAAGGGCCAAGAGGACCAAAGGGUGAAAAGGGCGAAAAAGGUGAACAAGUAUAUGUUGGUCGAAGAAAAAGGAGAAGCAUAGGAGUAUAAUCUGAGAACAAAAAUUAAAGCAGAAGAUUUCUAAGUCAUUUAUAGUAAUUGUUUUGUUCCAGUCGACAUAAAAAUCCCAAAUUUCAGUGGCUUCUAAUAAGUGACCACCACCCAGAUGCCACUAACACUUGAUAUUUGGGAAAUUAAUGAUAGUCUUAAUUUGCAAGAACUUGACUGGCUUCCAGUAUUACUACAUAUUGAAAUAAUUGCUAAUUUGUUUCUUUUCACAUAUGAAUUAGAACUGAGUAUAAGCUUAGUCUAAUGUUAUAUGACACAGCUUCUGAAACGUAGCUUACUGUCUGAGAUCCACACAACUCGGCUUCUCCAGAAGAUUAGAAUGAGGAGACUUCUACAGAAACUGAAACAAAGCAGUGAGAUGAGAACCAGAGGUCAUGUAAUAGCUUACUGUAGUACACUAUGUAUUUAAAAUUAUUAGCAUAUUUUGCUUUUUCUGACCUUCUUAAAGCCAAAUCAGAUGAAGCAAAGUAUGCUAAUAUGCAAAUAUAUGCCAGAGGGAUGUAUAGCAAUCCCUCUGUUGUUUCUUUUUUUAAAAAAAUCUUUAAACUCCUCUUAUUAGUUGCAUUGCAAAAUUGUGAAGGACUUGGAGGCUAUUAGUAUUUAAAGCACUUUUGUUAGAACUGAUUUUUUAAAAGAUGUUUUCUUUGUUUUUUAUGAUUUUAAAAGUGCCAAUUUAAUAUAAAUCUUCCAAAUUAGAGCUUGUUUACACUUUGGUCUCAUUGAAUGGAAACCAGAUAUUAAAGUAUUAUAUAAUGGUAUGUUUAGAGAUACAGUGGCAUAUUCCUAUGUUAAGUUCAGUGACUGCAUUUCUAAAAGCAAGGAGUUUAAAUUUGCACCCAUUCCUCCCUCUCCUGCCUCUGUAGAAAGGGCCUUCCAUGUUGAAUAAGUAUAUACAAGUAUAAUCACCAAUAACUUUAACUAAGAAGUACUGUAUAUUACUAAAGGGACUUUGUAGAUAAAGCUGUCUUCAUUAUGCAUGGUAUGAAUCCUCCAAAAGAGUGAAUAUUCUUCAUGCCAGCACCUUUAAAAUAUUUUGGUAUGAUCAGUCACUUAAAAGACUUGGAUUUGAUUAUAUGGCAAUCUCUUGCUGAGUUAUAAACACAGUAAAUAUAGUGCACCACUACAUAGAUGCUUAGACUCAAAACAAUUUAAGUAUAAUCUGUGGAACACAAUCUUAGGUGCUGUGUAACCUGAUAUACAUCUCAAAAUGUUAUGAAACUAACAUAUUUAAGAUGAUUUUCACAUUUGAAAUAAGGCCUCACUCUGUAACGGUGAAGAAUUUAAUAAUAACAAUGAACGUGCUAUGCAUCAUUGCAGAGAGAUCACUACCAAGAGGUGGGAGGAUACAUUUUGGACCUGAUAGCAAACUGGCUACUGCUAGAGGAAAUCAAUUAACUACCUUUAUCUAAUACAGAUUAGAUAUUGGAAGUGCUAGACUGAGGCCACAAUACAGAAAACAACUAACACCACACAUUCACUGAGGCUUUCAAUGUCAUUCCUUUAACAACCAUGGCCUACACAUACGUUUGCUUCUUGGGGUAUGCAAGUUUGAAAAGCAGUUUAUGAUAUGGCAUUAUCGGAACUGGGGCAGCCUGCUGGUGUAAUUAAAAAAGCUAAAUAAUCCAGUACUGCAUUCAAACCUUUGAAUGCAUACAAAAGUAUAUUUUUGAGCCUACAAACAGUGUCAAGAGCUAUGGAAAUAGGAUUCUAGCAUAGAUAAAAUAAAAGCACAGGCAAGAUAAGAUGAAUAUUCUAUAAUUAAAAUAUGGGUUUUCUGAUACUGGAAUGAACAUCCUAUUGAGCAGGAUAUGGUCUUUCAACAUGUAAAGUGGCUGUAUUUGUUAAUGAGACAUUUGCUUUUUAAAAAAUAAAGAUGCUUUUAAAGCUU